AUGUCCUCGCAAGGUUCCGGACGAGGAUUCGCUUUCCCUCCUCCGCCUCCACCGCCCCCAAAGGCUGCGACGGAUUAUGAUACAACCAAUGAUUCUCCGUAUCCUUCACAAGGAAACCCUGGCAAUGAUGGCCAACAAGGUGGAUUCUCGAAUGCUCGAGGAAGAGGACGAGGACGAGGAAGUGGAAGAGGAAGGGGAAGAGGCUUCCAUAACGCAUCUAGUGGGCCAAGAAACGUUCCUCCCAGGGUUUAUCCAAGAGGUGGAAUGAGCCGUGGAGGAUAUACGGCCGAUCCGCGUCCUUCUCGUGGAAGGUCAUUGAACCAAAAUGGUGCUAGGAAUGGCGAUAGCGAGAGACAAAGUUAUGGACAAUACCAGAACGCUUCUCAAACCGGACCAAUCCCUCCAACUCCCAGCCCUGCUGCCCCUUCGAAUCAAGGCAACUCAGGAGUUGAUAUGCAGCAAGCGCUUUCGACUAUGAUGGCAGCGCAAGCAAACGGAAACAUGUUUCAAGGCUGCAGCCCUCAGCAAAUUAUGCAGAUGGCUCAAAACAUGACGAAUGCAAUCCAGGCACAGGCUAUGGUCGCUCUCUCGCCUGUGGAUCCAGGCAGUUUAAAUCCUCCUGACACUCCACAAGAGCUGAAUACGUCUACGUUUGCACAUCAGCAAGCUUCCGGGAACGACUAUCAGAACCCCCAGAGGACGAACCCGUCCGGAGCAUAUCAACCUGCACCACAUCCAAGAAUACAGGAUGUGAGGUCACAUUUUACUAAUCUCAGUCCAUCUCCCCAAUCGCGACCGCCUUCUACUAUCCAUCAGCAUAGGCCUAAACCGACCGCUCAGCCAAGAGUGUCCGCACCUCCUACUAUCCCUUCAUUUGGCUUCGAUCUCAACUCCUUGGCGUCACCGACUCAGCCAACCUCAUCAACCGCCUCGCAAGGACAGAAGCGGAAACGAAAAUGGAAGACGAAUCAACUGGGACUCACUCCGUCGGGCCCAGAGCGCUCCCCGAGUCCGGUACUGAGCGAAGAAGACCUUGAUGAGACGGAGCAGGUGACUCGAGCGCAAUCCAUGGGUAACUACCGUUUUCUCGAGUUGAAGCAGAUGAUCGGGAAACGAGGAGACCUGUCCCAGUGGUUGGAAGAGAGAAAGAAGAAGUUUCCUACGAAGGAGAAACGAGAGAAGGCCGAGCAAGAAAGGAAAGAAAGAGAUGAGGAGUACGCGAGGGUGAGACAGGCGAGGAUGGCCCAUAGACAACAGGCUCUUGGAAAUCCUGCGGCAGGACGUAAAGGAGUUGCUCCAGUACCUGACGAGAUCUCCAGGAAACCGGGUCUGAUCAGCUACACCAGUUCCGAAGGCACGGACUCAGAGUCGGUCUCAUCCACCAGUUCUUACGUUUCAUCCGACGAUUCGGAUUCCGAGUCCGAUUCUGAACCGGAAGAAGUCAGCGUGCGCCAGCCCGUGGCCGCGAUCGCGACGCCAAUGUCAACGCCUGAAGUUCGGCCUGGGGCCGAUCACAUUGGUGGCCUACGGGAACAAAAGAAGAAGCAGGAGCCGAAGUCGCGCCCAGAAGGGGAAAGGGGACCCCCCCAGCUGGAGAAGAAGCGCAAGCGGUUGAGAGAUAUUUUGGACGAGAGGAUGGAGGAAGAUGACAUGAAGGCUGCGCUUGAUAUCAUCAAAUUGUGGGGCGAGAGGGAUUGGGUUGGCUUGCCGGGAACGAACCAGAGCGGUUCUGGAUAA